AUGAUCGCGACACGACACGGUCAUCUCGAUGUAACGAAAUGUCUUCUCGACGCUGGCGCAGACGUGAACCAGAGUCUUCAAGUCGGCUUCAGUGAUAAAGGCCAGAGCAUCUUGGCGGGUGCAACGCCGCUUCUACUGGCCGCUCAGUUUGGCCACGACGAUGUGACUCGCGCCUUAUUGCGUCGCCACCCCAACCUCCAAGCCACCGAUGCCGACGGCAACACGGCGCUCUCGAUGGCCAUGCAGCGUGGGCACGCGACUAUCGUCCGUCUUCUGCAAGAGUAUAUCAGCACCAACCCGGGUGCUCAACCAACUCCAGCCCACGAAUCUGUCAAUGAGAAGAAGAAGAUGGAGCUUUUGCAAGCAGUGGUCGCGGGCCAUGUUGCUGCCACCAAAGCACUUUUGGAUCAAGGCGUAGAUGCGCGCGUCACGAACGAGGAUGGCGACGGUCUUCUGCACCUUGCGGUGCGCCAUGGCCACACGCAGCUGCUCCAGAUGCUCUUACGCCGCUCCGACGCGUCAUUGGUCGUCUGCAACAAGGAUGGCGAGACGCCUCUGGUGCUCGCGAUCAAGCUGCGUCAUCGCCGGUCCCCGCACUUAAUUUACAACGCCACUCAUCAAAUCGCUGACGAUGUGCCAGAGACGGCGAUCCAAGUCGAUACAAGAGGCCUCCUCGGCGACGGCGGCUUUGGCUACGUGCACAAAGGCUUGUACAAGAACGAGCGCGUCGCGAUCAAGUCGGCUAAAUACGCGGCCGGCGCGGCGGAGCUUCACGCCGAAAUCAACGUCAUGCAAACGUGCAACUCGCCGUAUUUGCUGCAGCUCAAGGCGGUCUCGGGGCAGUACAGUGACAACCCCAAGCUCGUGCUCGAGUACAUGGACGGCGGCAACCUCCGCCAGUACCUCGACAAGAAGCGCAAGGGCGAGUCCGUUCCGUUCGACUACUCGACGCUCGAUAUUGCGUGGGUCAUUGCCAACGCUUUGGCCGACCUCCACCGGAAUGGCUUUAUGCACCGUGACCUCAAGAGCCUCAACGUCUUCCUAUCCUCCUCCAACUACAUCAAGGUGGCCGACUUUGGCCUCACAAAGGAGUUCAAGCUCGACAUGACGACGUGUGUGGGGACGCCGGCGUGGAUCGCACCCGAAGUCUUUGCUUCGGGAGCCACGUACGACUACGCGGCCGACAUUUACUCGUUUGGCGUCAUUUUGACCGAGCUCGAGACGCUCCAGGUGCCGUAUGCUGGCAUGAACCUCUUUGCGAUCGUCGACGGCGUCCGCAGCGGCGAGCUGCGUCCGUCGGUGAGCUCCAAGUGUGCGCCGUGGUACAAGGCGCUGGUCGACGACUGCUUGUCGUUUGAUCCCAAGAAGCGUCCGAUGGCGCAGACGAUCAUUGAUCGUUUGUUGCUGCAGGAAAAGGCUCUUGCGGAUCGAGAGCCGGUCACCGAGCCCGAGAUCAAGACCGAGCGUCUGGUAACGCUGCCGCAACUGACAAAGGGCAUGAGCAGCAGCUCGUCCACCUCGUCGACGUCUUCGUCCUGGUCGUCGGGGGCUCUCACCAGUCGUCUGCCGUGCCCAGCAUGCAAGACGCGGAACGCAGCUUUGAACGAUCACUGCAGCAGCUGCAACGGGGCCAUGCCGGACGUGUCGGCCAAGCUCACGCUCUUGCUCAAGCGCGCCAAGGUGGCCAACGCCAAGGGCUUCUCGAUCAACCUUUGCAUCGACUGCGACAUUUGCGAAAUGACCAACUUGAUGACGGCGGCGACGUGCGCAGAUCCCGAGUGUGGCGAGGAGCUUCUGGACGACGCGGAGAAGCUGCGCAUCCUCUCCCGUCGCUUCGACCUCGCGACCAGCGCGGCGUAA